AUGACUGCUGCAGCACAAAACGAGAAUCUCAAUGCGCUGUUCGCACCCGUCGGUAACGGCCUCGAGCCAGACAUUGUCGGCGUGCUCGAGUCAAUAUUACGACUAUACUCAAUUACUCCUCAAGAACUAUUCUACAAAUGGGAGUCCUACUGCCUGAAAAUGGGCUCUGAAGAAACUGUUCUAGAUCUCCCUACAGCACGAAUGUUUCAGAAAGACGUACAAGAUGGCUUGGAACGCAGCCACCAAGGCAAGCACAGUGAGAGAAAGCCAAUAGUCAAUGCUACACCACGAACGGCAGUCAAGAGUGGUGAUGUCUACGGAAUGCUUGACGAUCUCACACCGAGCGCCGGACCUAAACGCAAUGCUAGUGUUAAGAGGAGGAACGACUUCGAGACACCAGCGCCGAAACGAGUAGCACGACCAGACAAGCACAACACUACUACACCCUCAGGAGUAUCUUUUUCGCAACGUCAGAAUUCUGGUGAGGUAAUCCAACAGAUUAAUGGCCAUAUUCCUGUCGCAGAGACUCCCAUCGCACCCUAUGCAGAGGCACGCAUCAAACCAAUCGCAAACACAGAUGUGAAGAAGUUUGGAUACAAGCCCAUGUCCAUGCGUAUAAACGAGUCAUCAGAAGUACUUGAUGAAAGGAUAGAAGACUUCCACGCCUUGAUACAAAAGCAUCACAAAUUGGAGGACAGCAGUUUCGGGGACGCAAGCGCACAAAGUACCAACGAGAUCGUCGCGGUUGGCAGGAUUGCAUGCGACACUCCGGAAGGCAAGCUGAACCAGGCAUCGUUACUGCUUGAGCUCUCAAGGAAGUGGGGUGGAGGUAGACGUGUUCCUCUAAAGGUCGAGGAAUUGCAGACAUAUUCUCUAUUUCCAGGACAGAUUGUGGCUGUUCGAGGAACAAAUGCAUCGGGUCAUUAUUUCCAGGUCACAGAGGUGUUGACGAUCCCAUCUCCCCCAUUACCAGUCUCUGCACCUGCGACCAUCCAUACUAUGAAUGGGAAAAUGGGAGUGUCGGAUGAUUCGACAGGCUCACCUCUGGAUAUCUUGUUUGCCUCUGGUCCCUACACAGCAGACGAUAAUCUCGAUUUUGAGCCUCUGCAAGCUCUUUGCAAGAAAGCUGCCGAGGACAUGGUAGACGCAAUGGUCUUGACGGGACCACUACUUGACAUUGAACAUCCGCUUCUGGCUGCAGGUGACUUUGACCUGCCGGACGUCAAGGGUAUCGACCAGGAUGCCAACAUGACGACCCUUUUCAGGUUGUGGAUAUCUUCACAACUGGAGAAAGUUUGCUCUGCAGUACCAUCUCUGACAAUAGUUAUCGUACCCAGCACCCGAGACGCGAUCAAUAAACACGUCUCGUGGCCACAGGAGCACUUGGUGAGAAAAGACUUGGGUCUUCCCAAGCAAGUAAAGAUGUUACCUGAUCCAUGCUUCAUCUCUCUCAACGAGGUGGUCGUAGGGAUCUCAAGCCACGAUGUCCUGGUUCAACUGAGUCGAGAACAAAUCUCGCACAAUAGCAAAACUGGUCUGUUGGAACGACUUCCUAAUUAUCUAAUUGAGCAGAGGCAUUUCUUUCCACUAUAUCCCUCGCUUUCACGAGACAAGUUAUCGCAGGACGGAGUGAAGGCGGUAGGUGAUUGUAUUGAUCUUGGGUAUUACAAGCUUGGUGAGUGGUCGAAUGUCAGGCCUGAUAUUUUGUUCUUGCCUAGCAUGUUGACGCCAUCUGUAAAGGUCGUUGACUCUGUUGUGGUCAUUAAUCCAGGCACCUUGUCGAAGCGAAAGGCGCCCGGGACAUUUGCUCAGAUGACUCUCACACCUCGUAAGAUCUCGGAGGAAGAGCUAUCCCAGUCAAUGAUUGCACAUGAUGUCGCGGAACGUGCGAGGGUAGAUGUGAUUCGAAUAUGA